GGGCCUUUUUUGGGGAGCACUAACAAAUUAGCUUGCCCCGAUUUUCCCCGUGUUUUUCAGCUGGAUUUUUUUCAUUUUCUUACUGUAUUUAAUGAAUUAUUGUGCAUUUUGAGAAAUCCUCUAGUGAAAUGGCAUACAACAGUUACGAGGAUUUGAGUUGGUCAGAGGUUCGUGACCUCUUCCGGAAGUGGCGAGAAGACAAUGAGCGCAGGAGUGAGGACGUUGUGAGCCUCUGGGAGGCUGUACUGGAAGAGAAGCAACAGAAGUUGGGAAAUGAGAGACAUCUGAUUUUGGAGCAGGUUAUCAUUGCCGCACUUGAUUGUGGCCAAAUUGAUGUGGCAGAUUCAUGCAUAAUGAGCCUCUCAGCUGAAUUCCCGGGUAGUCUUCGUGUCCAGAAGUACCGGGCAAUGCGUUUGGAAGCAUUGGAGCAGUAUGACGAUGCACUCGAUUUACUCGAUGCCAUUAUCCGGAAAGACGAGACAAAUGCAGCUCCCCGGAAGAGGCGAAUUGCCAUCAUGAAGGCACGUGGUAGGACCGCAGAUGCCAUAAAGGAGCUCUGUGACUAUCUCAAGAAGUUCAUGUCUGACCAGGAGGCAUGGCAUGAGUUGUGCAAUCUUUAUUUAGCCGAGGGUGAUUACGCUAAGGCUGCUUUUUGCAUGGAGGAGGUUCUUCUGCACAAUCCGCACAGUCACCUUAUCCAUCAGAGAUUAGGAGAGAUUCGAUACACAAUGGGUGGCAUUGAGAAUAUCGAAAUUGCCAAGUCAUACUAUUCGCAAGCGAUAAAAUUGAAUUCCUGCAACAUCCGUGCACUCUACGGGCUGUACUUGUGCUGCGGUCACAUAUCGAAUUCCAAGGCAACUCUGAGUAAGAGAAAAGAAGCCCAGAAACUAGGUCAGUGGGCCCUUAGCCAAAUCAUUCAAGCCCUAGAUCAGGCAUUUGGCAACAUGGACCUUAAAUCUAAUUGAGUAAGAUUUAUUUAUUUUUGAAUUGUAGGCAUUGAGACCGAAGGCCAAAAAUAUUAUCCCGAGCCAUGGUCUAAUUACUGUAUGUGUGUGAAUGUACCUCUGUAGGAGAGGGCUGUGAUAGUAGAUAAGCAUUGCCCUAGCGGUGCUUAUCAUGCGUUGGUCAUUCUCUCGUGAGCCUUUAUGCCGAGAGGACCAGUUACGCUGAAAGAGGGUUGGCUAUCACAGUCACUCUCAUGUAUAUAAAAAAAAUUGACUACAAAUUCAGAAGUGGGAUACAACCAAAUUGUAUCCAUAGAAGUGCGUGAAAAGUGAGCCCCCAUAAGCCCAAGAAGUGCUGGAAGAUUUUCUCAGCAAGUUAGUGUGAUCAAGUGCCCAUUUUCUUGGAGGCGUAACGGAAAAAAUCACCGCUAAAAGGGGAAUCUCCAAGUGAGCGUGGAAAGUGCAGGUGCCCCGUGUCACGUCGCAACACGUCCGGACACGCCAUGACAUGUGGGUGAGGAAUGUGAGGAUCAUGGGGGCAUGUUCAGAGGAAUAAAAAGGAUUCAUGGGGCCCGACUGAGAGUGAUCACGAGGCAAGAUGGCGGCUAUUACAUUUCUGAGAAAUGCGGAGCAAUUUGGCCCUGAAAAUGUCCCGUGCUAGGAAAAGAAAAAUGCACGAUGCGAGACCAGCGGAUUUACUUAUUUUUCCAGCCGUGAGCACCGAUAUGUGCCGAAAAAUGUGCAGAGGAGACAGAAAAAUCACGAAAGCGCACCAUUUCGGUGGAAUAAGUGCACAUCAUGUGCCUUAAAGGGUUGUUUGGCGCAAGAAUGCUUGAGGAGAUGCGAUAAGAUGUUAGAGAGCAUCAGGUGAGGGCGAAAAAAAAAAUCCGUGAAAAGCCGUCCAACGGGGAAAAGUAAAGCAGAUAAAUCCAAAACACCCUCAAGACCGCCACGGAAGCAUCAGAGUGAGAGUCUGGAGGCUUCUGAGAGGGAACAAGAUGAUCUGUGGAUGAUGGGGAGACGGAAAAGUGUAUCAAGCUACAAUUAGGUAGACGUUGCUCCCGUUGUGGGUCCAAGGAAGUAUCUCGUGCGUAACGUUGGCAUCAAAAUGUUACGAGUGAUCCUGUUGCUUGUGGAUCAUGGUGCAUGAUACUGAAACAGGUGAAAAUAAUGCAAAAUGGAGUGCUGUGAAGGUACAUAGACGUGAUUAGUGGAUUGGCAUUAUAGAGCCAGAGUUUGUGAUGGGGUCGGCUGGAAGGAAUAAUGUUGGCGCGUUGUUCAGAAAUUUGGAAGAGAGGAGAUGAGAUCAGCGCAGCCCAACUUCACUAAACGGCAGGGAGAUCAACCGUAGUAACAUCGAGAGUGCAUCAAUGUUCCAUUGAGUGCCGGAAAACGUCAGUAAGUGAACCAGAGAACAUCAUGGCGAGAGUACCAGAGUUAGAAAGAUGAUCAGUGAAGAAAAGGCUCUUCCUUCCCGAAGCAGCGUGGAGGUCGUGGUACGUCAACUGGUGAAGCAUGUCACUGACAGGCAGACGGAUCACCAGGAAGAUGGUGUGAGACAACAAGUAAAAAUUUGGUGAAGUAUACGGCUCAAGUGAGCCUAUUUUAUUACCUAAAUUAUUUAGUGUGCCAUUUAUGGUGUGUGAUUGGGGGCCCCAAUUGAAUGUGUGUGUGUAUCACGUGUGAUUGAUCUUGUAGGAAGGAUUUUGCAGAUUGUCUGCGGGAAAAUCCAUAUCAUAAAAUACAAGAUUAGUAAAAUUGGGUGGCAAGUUUUAUUUGCAGGUGACGGGCGUUCCAGAUUCUUCAGGUGGCUCAUGAGCAGCCUUGUUGUAUGUCUAAUGAGGCGGAGCAGCUGAAAAUUGCUGCAAGAAAAUCAACGGGGUUCCCUACAGAGCCACCAGAAUGAGGAACGACGACAGAUGCAAAAAUAAGUAAGGUUCAUCAAAAUAAAGGUAUGUGACUUAAUUAUUUAAGGGGAAAAUAUUGUAGAAAGCCAAGAAGAAAAAUUUUGGCGAAUUAAAUUUAGUAUGAGUUACCAAACCUUUAUUAUAAUGUCGGGUAUAUCUUAAUCAUGGUCAUGAUUGGUGAUGGACUUAUUGGUCAGAACAUUGGUCAGAGAUCCAAUGUGAACUACUAGUGUGGACCCUAGUAAAUGAUCAGAUUGACCAUGAAGUGUUAUUUGAGUCGAUAAAUAAUCACCAACCCCAUAAAGCAUCUUGAGUACAAAACUUAAGGUGGGGGAAGUUUAAGGUGAUUAGGCAUGAACUCUUAUGAGGUAUCGGUUUCACGAAAGUGCGGGAUACACGUCAAUAGUCCACUUUAUUAGACGAUACAAUGUACUCGCAAAUGAGUAUAUUAGAGAUCUUUAUUAUAUAGAUGUAUUAUUUAAGUCACGGUGUUAGAGAUAGCAAAUUGUGAAACUCCCAAUCUGAGAAGAGAAUAGAACGGAGUUCAUGCAAGCCACCCAAGAGAUGUCAGAUAUCCAAUAAGAAUUCAUGAAGAGCACGGUAGAUAGUCUCAAACGUUAACUGAGACAGAAAAGUAAACGAGAAGUUAAUAGGCACAGAUGAAAAGUGCGGGAUGACUCACACUCAUCCGAGGAAGAUGUUGCAAGGACGGUCAACUUCGUGUCUCACAAGUGUCUGAAUACACCACCAGAUGCCACUCAGAGAGAAGGAAAACGGAUUCCAACUCCACAGUAGCAGCUGUUCCAGAGGGGAGAAUGCAGAAUACAAGCGGAACAUCCGAGAGAUUCAGCGGUUGGCGCUGUGACACCCUGUGAGGCUUGUGAUCCCGUGGUUAGGUCCCGGAAUGUAUUGAUGUGCUCUUUGCGACGGUUCCGGACUUCGGGAGAGUCCUCGAGUGUGAUAAACAGGAGACUGCAGAUGUUUAUCAGUUAGAAGAUCUACUGAGUAUGACUGCGAUAACGUUAUGCAGCACUAUGCGACAAAAGUAACUCCCUCCUUAAGAUCCUCAUGUUGUGUAGUGAUGUGUACAGAAAGUUAAAGGCGCGGAAAUCCCGAGACCCCGGCAAUAGCGACUUAAGCUCUUCAAUCUCCAAGGAAAGGAUCGUUGGCUGCGGGUGGAAUGACAUUCGGAGGACUGCUAGUGUCACCAUAGAGAGCUCCUCCGCGGUUCCAGCGUCACAAUGACGGAAAUUGGGUCGCAAUAUUAGUGUUGUUUGGCGGUUGCUGGGAAUUGCUCAACGUGCCGCGGAGGCGGUAGUGAUGCCAAACUGGAUGUUGCGUGUAUCACGCCCAGGAUGAAAAAACGGUGCAUAAAUUCUGAUCACAAAUCAUCCGCUAAAUGGUCAGGUACUUCGACGGGUGGAGUUGUGCGCAUUCUUCCGUUGGGAGAUGAAAAUAAUAAAGGCGAAUAUAACGCAGCUUCAAGGUGAAGUGGAGCACUAGCAUCUCAUCCGGAAGAACAUGGAGAAGGAUUAUACGUCCAAGAUUGAUGGGCUUAAGGAUCAAGUAGGGUAUUUUUGAGAGCGAAUACCAUGAAGUUGAGAAGCACUUGGCGGAUUUGCGGAAGAGGGAGGCAAUUUCCAAGGAAGGUCCCGUGUAGUGCAGAAAUGAGAACAAGUACGAGAGAAUAAAGCACGAGGAGAUUAUUCAUUUGCUACAAAGCAAGUUGGAAACGGUGGAGGAGAACUUCCAGACAGCGAGUAGUGACUACAAUAAUGAUGUGAGUGAUCUACAACGACAAUUGAGAGAGGUUGUGCAGUGAAUGACGGGAGUGGAGGAGGAGAAUACCCGGCUAUUUGCCCUCAAUGAGACACUACAGCAGAAAUCGAAGAGUGAAAGAGGAACUUGAAGCGUCUGAAGGGAAUUUUAAUUCGAGAUUUCUGGCUACGGGGAAUGGAAAGAGGUAUCCACAUCAGCGAUGGCACGACUUUCAAAGCAAGUGGAUCUUGAGAAUGAAGUUGAGCACCUCAAGACACAGGGGAAGAGUCUAAAGGUACAGAAUCACGAUUUGCGUACACAGAAUGAAUCAUUGCUGAAGAUUAAUGCGGAGCUUCAAAAUUCCGUGUGAAUCGUCAGAGAAUUAGUCAGCGUUGCAGAAGAGAAUGCUCCUGUUGACCAAGGAGCGUGACUACUAUAAGCAAUUGAUUGAGAACUAUGAGAAGGAUUUAAGUAUUUCCGGGCCCUAGGGAGCUGUGGGUGCAACACCGGAGAAUCAGCUGAGAUUGCGUGUGAAUUAAUGCUCGUGAAUUAAACAGGCAUUCUGUGUGGAAGAGUUGUUACAACGGGAGCCAAAGGGACUCUUGAAUAUCAGUCAGAAACUUAACCACCUCAAACGAAGAGGGCAGAGGGCAAGAAUGGCAAAUCGAAUGGCCGCAUGAGUUCCUUGACAUUAGAGAUAAAGAGAAUGUCAGUUUCCUCCAGGAAGACAUGUAGUGACAAAUACUACGACUGGGAUCAGAUGAGGCUCGAUAAGUUUUAUUGCCGCUCUGGGAGAGAAAUGAGUAGCUGACGAUUAAGGAGAAAUUCAAGACAUCUCUGGUAGAUACCCAAAUGGGCAAGGAGGAAGACGGUCCAUACUAGAAAAGUUUAAUCUAGUAGAUUUGGUCUUCAAGCACUCGUGGGGAAAACUGCCGGCUAAUCGGAGCCAAGAGAAUGGAAAUUAGAUAGCACGUUUUGCUAACCGGCUGAAAGAUAAAGUGCACUCCUGUGGUGAAGGACAGAAAACGUAGCAUUCGUAGACCUCAUGCUUUGUACAGUAAUUAAUUGUCGGAAAGUACAGGAGAGUCAUCAAUGAAUCCGAAAAGUUAGGAUGACUCCGAGAUAAUGAGGGAUAAUCUGAAAGAUUCUGCUACGGUCAUCAAUUUCGUCAUGAUUGGCACAAAGUAAUACAGUGCUGAUGGUAAAAGGAGAUAAUGACGAUGGUGACGACUGAAGUUGGGAAUAUGGAAUACAGAGCAUGAGAAGUUGGCCAAUGCGUUAGUGAGGACCCUAAUGCAACUCGCUAGUGUGGACCCUAGCGAAUGAUGGCCAAAGCAUUGGUGAUAGUCCAAUGCAAUCUGCUAGUGUGGACCCUAGUGGAUGAGGGAUAUUGGCUAAGACAUUAGUGUGGACCCUAAUGUGAUCUACUAGUGUGGACCCUAGUGGAUAUGGCCAAGGCAUUUGCAGGAGUCCAAUGCGAUCUAUUAGUGUGGACCCUAGUAGACGAAGUGGUCAGCAUUAGCCACAAGAGAAACUAAUGCAAUCUUUUGGUAGACGCUCGUAGAUAACGUGAGUGACUAAUACAUUAGUGUGGACCCUAAUGUAAACUCCUAGGGUGGACUCUAGUUGAUGGAAAAUGAGGAAAGCAUUAGUUUGGAACUAGUGCGAUCUGCUAGUGAGGACCCUAGUAGAAGUUAGUUAGUUAAGGCAUUAGUGAAGACCCUAAUGCCAACAUUUGAACUGCCAUACAUGCCACCCUAGACUCAUGACGUUGCCAAGGGACGGCAACAAUGUCAGGGCUGGCCGAAUUGUAGGCAUUGAGACCGAAGGCCAAAAAUAUUAUCCCGAGCCAUGGUCUAAUUACUGUAUGUGUGUGAAUGUACCUCUGUAGGAGAGGGCUGUGAUAGUAGAUAAGCAUUGCCCUAGCGGUGCUUAUCAUGCGUUGGUCAUUCUCUCGUGAGCCUUUAUGCCGAGAGGACCAGUUACGCUGAAAGAGGGUUGGCUAUCACAGUCACUCUCAUGUAUAUAAAAAAAAUUGACUACAAUAGUGAAGGUGAGAGGGAAGUUUUAUAGAAUAAUAACUUUUUAUUGUUUUUUUUUCUCAUAUCGAAUCCUUGUGUAGAACAUAAACAAAAAAACCUCUUGCAAACA